UCCCGCAAAAUAUUAGUGUUAGUGAAUGCUAAAAUAUGCUUUUACAAUGUUUAGUGAUUGAGAAUAAAACAUAAUAAAAUUAAUGAACAUAAUAACAUUAAUAUAUUGGCUCUUCUCUUACGGCGUUGCGGCAUAGGACGUUGUGAAACCGCGGGAGGACAAUUUCGCAUAUUGCUUAGUUUGUAGGCGCUGUGAUGAACUACGCUGACAAUAUUGGUAUUAUUUCCUAAAGCUUAAGAAAGUGUGAAGUCAUUCAUUUAAAAAAACUUUUACAUUCGCUAAAAAUCUAUACGUAAUUGCUGUGCACGGAAUUCGUGGUCGCUUGAAUCGUUUACCAGCUGCUGGCGUCGGUGAUAUGUUUGCGGCCACUGUCACAAUGGCUAAACCUGAGUUGAGGAAAAAAUGCAGUGAAUAAACUUAAAAAUAUUUCAGAAUUGUAUUUAAUUUUGUGAAAAGACGGCCAAACACCAUUAUUUGGUGGUGCCGAACAUCGUCAAGCGCCUACAGGCGAUCAUCAUGUUGCUGGUUGCUUUCUUCCGGACAGCAGGAUCGCGCAGCAGCGACGUGGUCCACCGAACAAAUUUACUCGGAUUCGUAUUAUUUAUGCUGCUGUCUAGAAAAAACUUUAGGGAGGAAAACGAUCCGAAUGUCACAUCCUUCUAAGGAAUAAACUGUCCUCCCUCCUUGCAAUAUCCCCUGCAUUCCAAUGUGGAAGACUGUAAAUUUCCGGCUACUAAUCGAAAAUUUGACAACUAUGUACUAAAAAUCUAAUGUAAAAUUCCGGCAACGCUAAAAAAGUGGUAAAAUCAAGUUUUUACAGCUGUUUCCAAUGCUACCAACUUCACUAUCGGUUAAAUUUGGUAAUGAUGAAAAGAAACCUUUGAUAAUUUUCCACCACUUCUUUUAAUCCGAUGUUCGUUGCGUAUUCAUAGUUUACAUUUCUCGAUAUUAUAUUUAUAUAAAAAAAUAUACAAAAAUAUUAUUUUGCUGCCUAUGGCUAAAAACAAUAAAUUAAGUUAUAUAAAAUAAAAGUGAUUGUUCUCCAGUAUUUGUAAUUUUUGUUGUGAUCGGGAUUGUUCUAAUACAUCACAUAUAUGCGACCGCACAGAAACGCAGAAUGCAACAAUAUCCACAGUGCAGCCGUUCGUAUGAAAACAAAAUACCAGUAAAUCCAAACACGCAAACCGAUCGUCAUCUCUCACCAUGCUCUGUCAGAAUUCUAUCACGUCCUUCAAAAUCCUAUCGUCAGGCUAUUGCAACUAAUAAUGCGUUCGACCUAAAACAUCGAUUUAAUCAAGACCAACAAAUACCUAAAGUAAAGCACAAAGUUCAUCGCGCAUAUUCCGGAUUCAACACCGAAGAAAGGCAAUUUCCUGGAGAAACUCUUGAUGUGCCCCACACCCAGGAACAUCAUCAAGGAAAUUAUUUAUUAAGGCCGAAUGAUCGGUCAGUUCAUUACGUCACCAAACGUUAUGGAACGUUACAGCAAACACAUCGUUCCUCAAAUGAAAUUCCAGAAAAUGAUUAUUCAAAUGCUAAUCUAGUAAAUAACGUAGAUGGGCAAGAAACCAGUAAUCAGCUGAGAUAUCGUAAACAUAGAGUAAAAGCAUCACAUAAUUAUAAUAACGCUAACGCUGUAAUACCAAUUCAAGAGUGUAAAAAUAGUUCAAAUAACGCUGAAGAAGAAAGUGAAGAAACGGUUAAUUUCAAUCCAACAGUGAAUGGUGACUUGCGGAAACCAUCUCCCAUUGUGGACGUUGACGUUGAUAAAGAGAAUAAUGUAAAUACUGUUCCUGAUGACAAGUCCGAAAAUUGGGGCCCAGAGCAUCCUGGAGAUGAACACAAAACAACAACCGAACUUAUCGACAGUUCGAAAAAGGAAAAUUUAUCUGCACUGGAUGCAACGCUCGAGGAAAAAAACAUCUCGGAAAAGACUCCGAUGUGCUUACUCAAUGAUUUGGCACGGUAUAACAAGAUUUCGUUCCAAUAUCGUUUGACCAACGAAAUUGGACCUGCACAUUGCAAACGUUUUACAGUCACCCUUAAAUUAGGCGACGAGCAGUACAUAGCUGAAGGUUGUAAAAUAAAGCAAGCUCAGCACAUGGCAGCGAAAGAGGCAAUCUUAAAGACAAACUACAACCACCCGGUACCGAAAACGAGUCGACGGAAUAAUGAAUUCGGUGUAACACCUACCGUUGAAUUAAAUGCAUUAGCCAUGAAAAUGGGUCAACAAACGUAUUAUCUUGUCGAUCCAAGGGAAAUGCCAAAUCCACCUCCGCAACCAUUACCAAUGCCGCCACAUUUUACUCUAUCUCAUCCGCGUCACAAUCAACACAAUUUCCCCUCUAGAUUUCAACCACGUUUCCCAAUAGUUCCUUCAAAUAUUAUUACACGCCCUCCUUUACAUCAAAUCAAUCAAUUUUUACCUCCGCCAAUUCCCUGUAAGAUAACACUAAUUGUCGGCCAAGAGAAGUAUAUUGGUACGGGUAAGACUUUGCAACAAGCCAAACAUGACGCCGCAGCUCAAGCUCUCCAAGUAAUCAAAGCGAAAAUAAACGAUCAAGUGGAAUCAUCUAAAGAAGAAAAUGAUGACAGGGAUGAAAAAAAUGGUAAAUCACCGAUAUCAGUUGUAUUCGAAAUUGGCUCUAAAAGAGGUCUUCCAGUUGAUUUUAAAGUGUUGCGCGAAGUAGGGCCAGCCCACAUGCGAAAAUUUACAACAGCUUGUGUAGUCGGAUCAAUAGUUACAGAGGGUGAAGGCACGGGUAAAAAAAAUUCCAAAAAAAAGGCUGCGCAAAAAAUGUUGGAAGAGCUAAGGAAGUUACCGCCAUUGGAACCGGCAGCUUCGCCUGUCAAAAGACAUAAAUUGAAAAACGCAGAGAGGAAAAUUCCGAAGCGUUACGGUAAUAAAUCGGGACAAACAACGUCAGAUAAAUCAAAUCCAAUAACAAAACUGCUGCAAUGGCAUCAUAUCCACGGGGAAAAAGAACCGAUAUUUGAGCUAAUUACGGAAGAUAAUAUUAAAGAAAAGUCACGCAAGCAGCAAUUUGUAGUUGAGGUGAAAUCGAAAGGAAUCGCCGUACGUGGCACUGGAAGUACCAAAAAACUGGCAAAGCGCAAUGCGGCGCAAAACCUUAUGACAUCCUUGGGCAUAGAAGCACAGAGUACUGAGAGUCAAUCAAACCUGAGUCCCGCUAAAGAAUUGGAUGCAACUUCCGACGAAAAGUCACGCAUUUCUACAAAGCAGCCGAGGUCAUUGUCUUUAGAUACUAUUGAAGAGGAACUUGUAUCUGCCAAUAAUAAAGUCCCCGGUAUUCUUGUCUUAAAGCAUGCAAAGGAUAAUAAAGAUCAAAAAGACCUGACAUCUAAUAAAUCUUGUGAAACGGACGCUGUUCACAUUGAACCAAAAAAUAAACAAAACAAAUUGGAGUGUGUAAACGUUGCAGCCGAAAAAAGUAUUGAAUCUAAUAACAACGUCGCGGCUGCGUCGUCAGAUGCGAACUCAGAUUCGGCUUUAAAAAACGAUGACACUAAUUCCAACAACAAGAAAUGCGCUCAACCAAAGGUUAAUUGUUUUCCUAUGAAGGAUCAAUUGUUAUAUUUGGGGAACCUUCUGGGAUUUGAAGUUAGCUAUAGUGACUACCCGAAAGGGAAUCAUAAUGAGUUCCUCUCAAUAAUAAUGCUUUCUACCAAUCCGCCGCAAAUAUGUCAUGGUAUUGGCACAAGCUCCGAAGAAUCUCGGGAAGAUGCUGCAAGAUGUGCACUAAAAAUACUAAGUGAAAUGGGCUUAAAUCAUAUGAAAGGCAAUUAAUUAUUAAAGUUUUUUCAUUGUCUAGAUUUGUUUGAAGGCAUUAAUAAAUGAUUAACUUGAA